UCCCCCCCCUUCUCUCUCUCUCCGAGGGGGGGGGUCCCGGGGAGGGAGGGGGGGUCCCCCGAUCAGCAUGUGGCUCCUGGCGCUGUGUCUGGUGGGGCUGGCGGGGGCUCAACGGGGGGGAGGGGGUCCCGGCGGCGCCCCAGGCGGCCCGGGCCUGGGCCUCGGCAGCCUCGGGGAGGAGCGCUUCCCAGUGGUGAACACAGCCUACGGGCGAGUGCGCGGUGUGCGGCGCGAGCUCAACAACGAGAUCCUGGGCCCCGUCGUGCAGUUCUUGGGCGUGCCCUACGCUACACCGCCCCUGGGUGCCCGCCGCUUCCAGCCUCCUGAGGCACCCGCCUCCUGGCCCGGGGUGCGCAACGCCACCACCCUGCCGCCCGCCUGCCCGCAGAACCUGCACGGGGCGCUGCCGGCCAUCAUGCUGCCUGUGUGGUUCACCGACAACUUGGAGGCCGCCGCCACCUACGUGCAGAACCAGAGCGAGGACUGCCUGUAUCUCAACCUCUACGUGCCCACUGAGGACGGUCCGCUCACAAAAAAACGUGACGAGGCGACGCUCAAUCCGCCAGACACAGAUAUCCGGGAUUCUGGGAAGAAACCUGUCAUGCUGUUUCUGCACGGAGGCUCCUACAUGGAGGGCACCGGGAAUAUGUUCGAUGGCUCAGUCCUGGCUGCCUAUGGCAAUGUCAUCGUAGCCACGCUCAACUACCGUCUUGGGGUGCUCGGUUUUCUCAGCACUGGGGAUCAGGCUGCAAAAGGCAACUAUGGGCUUCUGGACCAGAUCCAGGCCCUGCGUUGGCUUAGUGAAAAUAUUGCCCACUUUGGGGGUGAUCCGGAGCGCAUCACCAUCUUUGGGUCUGGAGCAGGGGCCUCCUGUGUCAACCUGCUGAUCCUCUCCCACCAUUCAGAAGGACUGUUCCAGAAGGCCAUUGCCCAGAGUGGUACUGCCAUCUCCAGCUGGUCUGUCAACUACCAGCCACUCAAGUACACGCGUCUGCUGGCAGCCAAGGUGGGCUGUGACCGGGAGGACAGCGCCGAAGCUGUGGAGUGUCUGCGCAGGAAGCCUUCUCGGGAGUUGGUGGACCAGGAUGUGCAGCCUGCCCGCUACCACAUUGCCUUUGGGCCCGUGGUGGACGGCGAUGUAGUCCCCGAUGACCCUGAGAUCCUCAUGCAGCAGGGAGAAUUCCUCAACUACGACAUGCUUAUCGGUGUCAAUCAGGGAGAGGGCCUCAAGUUUGUGGAGGACUCUGCAGAGAGUGAGGAUGGUGUGUCCGCCAGCGCCUUUGACUUCACUGUCUCCAACUUCGUGGACAACUUGUAUGGCUACCCGGAAGGCAAGGAUGUGUUGCGGGAGACCAUCAAGUUCAUGUACACAGACUGGGCAGACCGUGACAACCCUGAGACCCGUCGUAAAACACUGGUGGCACUCUUCACUGACCACCAGUGGGUGGAGCCCUCUGUGGUGACAGCUGAUCUGCAUGCCCGAUAUGGCUCACCUACCUAUUUCUACGCCUUCUACCAUCACUGCCAGAGCCUCAUGAAGCCUGCUUGGUCAGAUGCAGCACAUGGGGAUGAAGUACCCUACGUUUUUGGUGUCCCUAUGGUAGGCCCCACUGACCUUUUCCCCUGCAACUUCUCCAAGAAUGACGUCAUGCUCAGCGCAGUUGUUAUGACCUACUGGACCAACUUCGCCAAGACUGGUGACCCCAACCAGCCAGUGCCACAGGACACCAAGUUCAUCCACACCAAACCCAACCGCUUUGAGGAGGUGGUGUGGAGCAAGUUCAACAGCAAAGAGAAGCAGUACCUACACAUUGGUUUGAAGCCACGAGUGCGUGACAACUACCGCGCCAACAAGGUGGCCUUCUGGCUGGAGCUUGUGCCCCACCUGCACAAUCUGCACACCGAGCUCUUCACCACCACCACUCGCUUGCCUCCCUAUGCCACACGCUGGCCUCCCCGCCCGCCUCCUGGAGCCCCUGGCACACGCCGGCCCCCACCACCUGCAACCUUGCCUCCCGAGCCUGAGCCUGAGCCAGGCCCAAGGGCCUAUGACCGCUUCCCUGGAGACUCACGAGACUACUCCACAGAGCUAAGCGUCACUGUGGCCGUGGGCGCCUCCCUUCUCUUCCUCAACAUCCUGGCCUUUGCCGCUCUCUACUACAAGCGGGACCGGCGGCAGGAACUGCGAUGCAGGCGGCUUAGUCCACCUGGAGGUUCAGGCUCUGGUGUGCCUGGUGGGGGUCCCCUGCUCCCCACUGCUGGCCGGGAGCUGCCCCCAGAGGAGGAGCUGGUGUCACUGCAGCUGAAGCAGGGUGGUGGCGUCGGGGCGGACCCUGCUGAGGCCCUGCGCCCUGCCUGUCCACCCGACUACACCCUGGCCCUGCGCCGGGCACCGGACGAUGUGCCUCUCUUGGCCCCCAGGGCCCUAACCCUGCUGCCCAGUGGCCUGGGGCCACCACCACCCCCGCCACCCCCUUCCCUCCAUCCCUUUGGGCCCUUUCCCCCACCGCCCUCCACCGCUACCAGCCACAACAACACGCUACCCCAUCCUCACUCCACCACCCGGGUAUAGGGGGCGGCAUGGGGAGGCCACCCUCCCCACCCCUCCCCAGCCUGGGCCACUCCAAGGCAGGGAGUAGGACUUGGCAACGGGCUUUUCUCCUGUGGAGUUGUCACACAUCAUCGAACAGUGUUAAGGUGGACAUGGGAUUCCCCACUGAGAUGCGUGUUUUUCCCAUGCAAAGAGGCCCAUUCUCUUCUCUGGACCUGGGCCUUUGAACAUUGGGGGGUGUUUUUUGCCCUCCACUGGGACACCAGUCUUCAGUGUGUGGAAAUGUGGAAGUCUUUUCCCACAUGGAGGUGUGCUUUCUUCAUGAGGGGGUAUUUUCCCAUGUGCAGGGUGAGGUUUUUUUUGCCGCCCUGGACACAUGUUGGCCCCCUCAAAGAAUUUCUGCGGGGAUUUGUACCCCAGAAUCCUGUUUCCUCAUGCCUUCUCCCACCUCCUCCCCUCCCCACCCCCUGGAGACCCUGGAAGUGAUGUGUUCUCAUACAGUGACUCUUGGCCACCAGACAACACAGGGUGGUGCCUGGGGAGCAGCAAGGAAAACACAGCCCCCCCCCUCCUCUCCCCCCUCCACCCCAGCAAAGCAUGUUUCUCCCCCAUGGCACAAGUCAGAUGAAGCACGUUCUCCCAGGGAGGCCCUCACCUUCCAUACAGACAGACACAGAUUUCCUGCCAGGGGGAAGGGAGAUCCGUGCAUCCCGGUGCUGCCUGGAAACUAAUUCUCCCAUGGUCCAGGAUACAUUUCUCUGAGUGGAAACAUGUUCUUGCAUGUGGAUGUGUGUUUUCCCAGGCAGAGGGUCCCUCUCUCCCCAGCACUUCCCUGCAUCCCCCCCAGCCUCAGGCCCAGCACUCCUCACAUGGCAGGUGGGAACAGACUUCAGAUUAACUGAAGCUGAGGGGGAUGUACAAACCCUGAGGGAAGGCUGGGGACCUCCCUCUCCCAGAGAUGCUGAGUUGGUAGACAGGGAAUGUGGCGUAUGCCACCCACAGAGGCCAUGCAUGUUUGACCAAAGCCCUCCUGGGGCCUGAGGACAGCCUUUCCUUCAGUCCUCAGAUCAUUGCUCAUCUGUGCCAAACUGGGUAGGUGGGUUGGAGGAGGGGAGAAAGACUCCAAAUGUGCCAAGGAUUUCACAGUCCCAGGCUAGGACAGAGGAGACAGGUAGGAUACAGGGUAGGGGGAUGUGGCAGCUAAGGAGCCCCCCUGUUGUCACUCUGAUUCCUGUGUCACCCCUCCCUCCCUGUCCCAGAUCUCCAUUCUCCAGCUCCUCCUCCCUGUUUGAAGCUGUCCCCAUCUCAGGGUCAGACCAAUCUUUUCCCCUACCCUUCUUUUACCCCUCCCCCCUUGCUGCCAGGGCCAAAGGAAAAGAGCAGUGUGUAUGUGUUGGAGGGGGGGUUUAACAGGGAAAAAGGUUUCAUGGACAGCUUGGGGAAUGAGGUCAGUUGCACUGAGGAACAGAUGGAGGGGGCCAUGGGGGACAGGGCUUGUUCAAACACCAGCAGGAAGAAUUUGAAAGGAAAUGUGUGAGGCUACUGCCCAGAGGUCCUUGGGUUUGUGCCUCUGAGGAAGAGAACCAUGUAGGAAAGGGUUUUAAGGGCUGGAUGCAAUGGCACACACCUGUAAUCUGAGCAACUGAGGAGGCUGAGGCAGGAGGAUUGCAAGUUUGAGACCA